GCCCAGUUCGUUUACGCAGGAAAGCUGACCGGACGCAUGCACGCAGCACACAUGACUGACCUUCAUGCAGAUACAGAAACUCAGAAGCAAAGCAUCGAUUUAAUGAGCAGAGAGAUUGUUUAAUAAACUAUUAGGUUUCAAAAUGCCAAAUUCACAAGGAUUAUAAUUUAAAUAUCUCAACAGAAGAAGCUUAAGAUGUUCUUUAAAAUCUCAGUAGUCUUCUCUACUCUUUAGAUGAGCUCUUACAUCCUGUGUUUCAUUGGCUGUAACAGUGAGCUGGCGUCUCUAGCCUGAUCCUGAUUGGCUGGGAAGGGCCAGGAGUGAAGCAGACGCUCUCAGACGGACAUCAGACAACAGAAGCACGAGUCUCUCGCUCUCAUCUGUGUGGGAUGAUCAUCAGGAGAUCCAGAGGAGGACAGGACAGCUGUGAGUGAGAGGAGCUGAUGGACAGGUGAAUACUGAGCUGGAGUCUGACUGUGCUUCUGUUCAGCUGCCAGGCCAUGGGCUCCAUUCUAGAUGAUCUGAUCUAUAAGCGUGUUGAAUAUCAAGAGAACUGCACACGGUUCCUGAAAGACACUUUCCCUACUGGAACUGGAAUUUUCUGCAAUGGAACGUUUGAUGUUUUUGCCUGCUGGCCACAUUCAUCUCCCGGGAUCGUAUCUGUACCCUGCCCUCCGUACUUACCAUGGAUCGAGGAAGGUCACGGUUUACAAGAUUACAGUCGUAGUGCUACUGGACACGUGUACAGGGAAUGCAUGGUCGGUGGGACCUGGAGAACUGAGGAGAAUUCCAGCUCUGUGUGGAGGAAUCAGUCCGAGUGUGAAAACCAUCAGUUCUUCAAGUCCGAGGAAGAGGAAGUGUUUCGGCAGUCUGUGCUGAGAGUCUUGUCCAUUGUAGGAUACUCGCUGUCUUUUUCUUCACUUUGCCUGGCUGUUCUGAUCAUGAGUCUUCUGAGGAAGCUUCACUGUACGAGGAACUACAUCCACACGAAUCUCUUUGUAUCAUUCAUAUUUAGAGCAACAGCAGUAAUUGUAAAAGAGGUUAUAUUACAAGUGGCGUAUACCAACCUGCCCAGGGAUGAGAUCGGAUGGAACAGCUACACCAAAUCUACGAUUUCAUUCGCCUGCAAGGCCUCAAAGGUGUCGCUGGAGUAUUUUGUGGGCUGUAACUACUUCUGGCUGUUAGUGGAGGCCAUAUUCCUGCACACGCUGCUGUUCACCGCAGUUCUGACCCGGAGAAGACUUCUCAAGAAAUACAUGAUUAUAGGAUGGGGAACUCCAUUACUGUUUGUGAUUCCCUGGACGGUUGCCAAAGCUUUGUAUGAAAAUAAAAGCUGUUGGUUAAAUAACAUCAGCUGGAUCUGGUGGAUAAUCAGAGGCCCAAUAACAUUAUCAGUGAUUGUCAUUUUCUGCAUUUUUCUCAGAAUCAUCAGACUCUUGCUGUCUAAGCUGAAGGCUGACCAGGUGAAGUUCACUGACUACAGAUACAGUUUAGCCAGAGCCACGCUUGUGUUGAUUCCUCUGCUCGGGGUCCACGAGAUCGUCUUCACUCUGAUUAUAGAUGAAUCAGUCCAGGGAAUCAACCGCUACGCCCGAAACUUCAUCCAUCUGACCCUGAGCUCUUUCCAGGGUCUUUUAGUUGCAGUGCUGUACUGUUUUGCAAAUGAAGAGGUCCAGGCCGAGCUGAAGAAGAGGUGGCAGCUGUUUGUUUCCUCCAACCACUUCGAGGUGCACAACUGUUUCGCUGACAUUCACCCCAAACACCUGUGGAAGAGCUCUCAGAAAAGACCUGGACAAACCACAGAGCAGAGCGAAUCCAAUGAGGAGGGAAGCCACGCCCCCACACAAGCACAUCAGCUGCAGGUGACCGUCCAAUCAGCAGAGGAUGUGGUGUGUGGGCGGAGCUCCGGCCUGGAGUCCUGUAUGAGGAAGAGCCUCUCCAGCAGCGACGGGGAGAUGACUUCAGGAGAGACCAUGGAGGAGAGCCAGUUUUAACGUCUUCUCCCUCCUCAUUCUGUCAGAAGCACUUGCAUCUGAUUGAUUCCUCUAUAAAUAUGUAAUUAAGGAUGUAUAUAGACACUUUAACCACUGUAAAUGGCUUCCACAAUGUUUUUAAUACCUGAUUUUUGUAUGUGUAUAUGAUGCAAGGUGUUUGAAAUGAGCUGCACAAUCUACGCUUUGAAAUGCUCAACAAAUUUCUUCCAUUGUUUAUUUGAAAUCGCUAAUUAAACAUUAGUUCAUCGAAGACUUGAUUCAGUGAACUGAAGAAGAGUGGUUAAGACAGGGAUGGACUGUGACUGAAAACAGGCCAGGGAUUAUGAUGCUCAAAUGCAAUAUAUAUUGACCAGCUUCAUCAAUGGUUUUGCUUCAGAACCAAUAUUUUACAUCAAGCAACAGGUGGAGAUUCUAAACAGAAAUAUGUUGCCAUAGAUCCAACAGCAUGAUAAAUUGGUAUCAUUUCCUAACUAUGCUGCUAGAUACAUUUAGUUUUGUAUUUUUUUCCUGCACUUUUAUGUCAAAAUGUAGCAGUUGAGAGCCAUUGUUUUAACUUAUACAUUGAUUUGCAUCUUGAUUGUUUGUUGAUCUUGAUCAUUUUGAUGUUUGAAAUCAUAUUUUUACAUUGCAAAAGCAGUGCAAUUAAAUAAAACAAACAAUUAGCAACAUUGCAUGUUUGCUUAGCAUCUACACUUGGUCAAGCAGCUCAUUGUAAAGUUUGGUUUCUUGAUUUUUAUGGAUGCAUGCUAGUAAUAACAACGCUAAACACAAGUAUACGUGUUGAAGACUGAAAUGAAACUGAUGGCUCGACUAGUGCUUUAUUCGUGAGCCAAUGAGUAUUAUUGGCAUCUUUAGCAUGUGGUCUCAGAGCAUGAUGAGAAUGUGAGCGUGUGUUUCUGCCAGUGAACUGAGUUUAUACAGCAGAAGACCUCCUGAUCUUAUCUGAUGCGUUUGGAUUAAACACUGCAUGUGUGUUACCUGAUUAAAAUCAGAGAUGAAGAACUGAUAUUAUUACUA